AAACCUCAGUGUCCUUCAAAUAUUGUCCCAAGAACUGAGAGAGAGAGGAGGGGAGAGAGAGAGAGAGAGAGAGAGAGAUGGAGGGGAGAGCGAGGGGUUUGCUGCCGUUUGUGGGGAUGAUAACGGUGGUUCUGGCUCUGGCGAGCAACAUGGUGGUGAUGAAAAUGGCCUUGUCCGAUGGUAUGAACAAGUAUACCAUGGUCUUCUACAGUAACGCCCUCUCUUCUCUCGUCCUCCUCCCCUGUCCCUUCAUCUUCUCUCGCAGGUCAGGGUCGUACCCUCCCCUCACUUUCUCUGUCCUUCGCAAGAUCUUCUUGCUGGCUGUGGCUGGAUUGGCGGCACAGAUGUGCGGGUACAUCGGCAUCGAUUGCAGCUCCCCUCUUCUGGGCACGGCCAUGAUGAACCUCAUCCCAGCUUUCACUUUCGUUGUCGCCAUUAUUCUAAGGAUGGAGAAAGUGAACUGGAAAAGCCUGAGCAGCCAAGCUAAGAUUGUGGGAACCAUUACAUCGAUUCUUGGUGCAUUCGUAUUCACUCUCUACAAGGGUCCGCCGAUUCUCCGCUCGCCUUUGCCUCCCUCCGUCCAACCUCACCGCCCCCCUUUUCUUCUCCCGCGGCAAUCGAAUUGGAUUCUGGGUGGGUUUCUACUCGCGGCCCAAGCUUUCCUGUUAGCAUCAUCGUACAUUUUCCAGGCAUUUAUCCUCAAAGAUUACCCAGUGGUGAUGAACAUAAUGUUCUACGUAAUGUUCUUUCUGGCAAUUCUUUCUGGGCCGUUGUCCUUUAUUAUGGCGAGAGAACCCCAGUCAUGGAUUCUGAAAUUCGAUGCGGGUUUGAUCUCUAUUUUAUACUCGGCUGUGGUUGUUACUACCUUUGGAUCAGCAUUGGGUGUAUGGUGUGUGAAGCAAACUGGACCUGUUUAUGUCUCGAUGUUCAAGCCCUUGGGAAUUGUAUUUGCAGUUGGAUUGGGGUUCAUAUUUCUGGGAGAAACGUUACACCUCGGAAGCUUGAUUGGAGCAAUUGUGAUUGUGAUGGGAUUCUACCUAGCAGUGUGGGGCAAGUCUAAAGAGGAAGAGAAGACGAUGGAGGGCGGUGGGGCUGGUGGGAGCUUGGCGUCUACCAGCCAUAAGAUUCCUCUGCUCCAAAACCAACCUCCAAGUGUGUAGAUAUUCUUGGCAACACUUAAAAAAAAAAAAAAAAAAGUGAAAAAGACGAGUUUGAAUAUUUCGACGACCCAAUAUUUGAAGGCAUCCCUAGAAAAACGAAGAAUUUGGAGGAAAUCUCGACUGCCAUCAUUACAUCAGGGCACGCAGAUCAAUGUGCAAGCCCGAUUUUGAAAACCAACACUGUGCACCUCAGUUUUGUUACUAGAUUUUCAACUCGCAUCUCUUACUUAUUAUCCUUAUUCGUUUUUUA